AUGAAGGCUGCUGUGUUUCAAGGCACUAAAUCUAUAACCGUUGAAGAAGUGCCCAAGCCCAUGAUCACAGCUCCUAAAGAUGCCAUCGUACAUAUCACACACUGUACAAUUUGCGGAUCGGACUUGCACAUGUACUCUGGAGAGAUGAACAUAGCCAUGAAGAAAGGCGACAUUAUGGGUCACGAAGCGAUUGGGAUCGUGGAAGAGAUCGGCCCCGACGUCGAGAACCUUAAACCUGGCGACCGAGUUAUCAUACUCCCAGUCAUCGCUUGCGGGGAAUGCUUCUAUUGCCAGCGACAAGAGUACUCACUCUGUGACAAGACCAACCCUUCAAAGGAGAUGGAACAACUAUACGGCCAUCGUUUGUCAGGUAUCUUUGGAUAUUCACACCUUACCGGUGGGUAUCCUGGAGACCAGGCUGAAUGGUGCCGAGUACCGAAUGCAGACCUUACUUGCGUCAAGGCUCCGUAUGACGUUGACGCAAAGAAACUUGUUGGCCUAGCGGAUGUUACAACCACAGCCUGGCAUGGAUGUGAGCUGGCGGAGGUCGGUGAAGGGGAUGUCGUCGGCGUAUGGGGAUGUGGCGCAGUCGGACUUUCGAUUCAGCGGCUUUCGAAGUUCCGAGGAGCCAAAAGAGUAUACGCUUUGGAUGUAGAUCCGAAACGGCUGCACAAAGCAGAAGAAUUUGGUAUGAUUCCUGUGGAUGUAUCCAAACACAAAGAUGUCGCCGAGUACCUUCUUUCUGUCGAGCCGCUUGGUCUAGAUCGAGGCAUUGAGGCAAGUGGGUUUCGCAGCGCCCGGUCGUUGGCGCAUAAGAGCAUGAGAGCGUUGGGUUUGGAGGGUGACAGUGGUGAUACAAUUACCGCAUGUAUCAAAGCGACCAGGAAAGGCGGCAAUGUGGCGCUGAUUGGGGAUUUCUUUUUCCACACGAACCAGUUCCCGAUCGGCAUGUUGAUGGAGAAGACCAUCACUCUCAGAGGAGGUCAAUUGAUGGCUCAGAAGAAGUAUCACCCUUUUCUGUUAAACUUAGUGGUCGAUGGUACAUAUGAUCCUUCAUGGAUGUUUACACACGAAGCCAAAUUCGAGGAUAUUGGUAAGUGGUAUGGGUAUUUUGAUCGACACACAGUACCGGGUGGAUUGAAGGUCCUCUUGACGACGGAGUUUGGGAGGUCUCAAUGUUGA